UGCGACGCGCGUUUCCCCCUCGCCCUUCCUCCGUUCUCUCGAAAUCGUCCACGUUCCAACAGCUUCUUCGUUCGCAGGGCAAACCCAUAACACACGAACUAACACCCCGUUUCGGCUAGACUCGCGCGCCUCUCCUCGGUCGCUAUCGUCGAAUACCAACAAUGGUUCGCACUGGCCACCUAUCACCUACGCUGGUCGGCAGAUUCCUGCCGGCAAAGUCAUCGGCGUUUUGCGUCCAGCCUCGCUUUUUGAAGCAGGUCCGCACGUUACACACAAACUCAAUCACCAAUAGCAACAGGGCUGAGCGACGGUCGGACCGGAGGUCUUCUGCACCGGACUGUCGCACUAGCUUCUGCAAGCAGCAGACACGGUCGUUUCACUCUACUCACGUACCGCGGAAGGCGAAAAGGGAUGCGUAUAAAGUCCUGGGGGUGGAAAAGAACGCGACUGCGAGCGAUAUCAAGAAGGCGUAUUACAAGCUUGCUCGGGACUUCCAUCCAGAUACGAGCAAGGACCCCAGUGCAAAGGAGAAGUUCAUCGAAGUGCAGGAGGCGUACGAUAUAUUAUCUGACGACUCGAAACGUGCAAACUAUGACAACUUCGGGCAUGCAGCGUUCACUGGAGAACAAGGGCCGACGGGGGCUGGGGGUUUCGGCGGCGGGUUCGGUGGCGGCUUCAAUGGUUUUGCAGGGUUUGGGGCAGGCGGUGGAAAUCCAUUCGGGGCUGGUGGUAUCGGCCCAGAAAUCUUUGAGCAGCUCUUCGGAGCUGGGUUCGGAGGGCCGAGAUCUGGCGCGGCAGGCGGUCGGAGUGGAUUCGAUGCAGUAGCCCGACCCAUCAAUGUGAACAUGCAAGUACCGUUCAUGGAUGCCGCCAAAGGAUCGAAGAGAUCUAUCACGUUCGAGGCCAUCCAGAAGUGUAAGCCGUGCUCCGGAAGCGGGUUGAAACCGGGCGAAAAGUUAAAACGAUGCUCGGUUUGCGGUGGAAAUGGCCAGAUAUCCUAUGUGCGAGGCGGUUACCACAUGUCGACCAUGUGCGACGCAUGUGGCGGCGCAGGAUCCCGCAUACCGCCAGAGUCAAAGUGCAACACCUGCGAUGGGAUUGGAAGAGUGAAGGGCAGGCGAACAGUGGAGAUCCAGAUCCCGCCAGGAAGUUUUGAUGGACUGGAACUACGACUGCAAGGGCAAGGGAAUGCGCCUCUCGAAGGCGACGGACGGGAUGGCGAUCUGUUCGUGCGUCUGAAGGUCCAAGAGCAUCACUUGUUCAAGCGAGAUGGGCCGAAUAUCAAAGUAGAGGCCGAAGUACCUCUCGAGAAAGCCUUAUUGGGAGGCUCAAUACGCAUUCCCACUAUCGACGGCGAGGUCGAACUCACCAUUCCACCAGGAACACAACCCAUGGAGCAGAAACGCCUGAAGCAGCGCGGGGUAGCCAAACUCGACGGCCGCCCCGGCGAUCGCGGGGACCAAUACGUGACAUUACGGGUCAAGCUCCCCAAGCACUUGACCGCGGAGCAGAGGAAGCUGCUGGAGCAAGCCUUUGGCGCCCGGUCGGACAAGGCAUCAUCCUCUCAGUAAGAAGGGGCGCAACAACUCCCCGAAGAACCGUGAUAGUGCCGGUGCGGAGGAGGAGGGGAAGGAUCAUAAGGGGUUCUUCCGCGCUGCUUUGGAUAAGCUAAAGAAGGGCGUGCAUGCUGACAAGGCGGAUGCGGCGGCGGAUGAUGCCGCGAAGGGGCAGAAGAAGGCUGGUGCUGGGGAGUCGUCGUAACCUGCGAAGCACAGCACCCCUUGAGAUGCGACAUCAUUCACAUCAAUCAACGCGUAGGGAUUGAUGUUGGGUCGACGUGACCCCCCCCUGCGCUCUUUAUUUCCUGUCUAUAGUUCAUCAGCGACAGCAUAGCGAGAAUACCAUCGAUAGAGCUACCUUCACUUGUGGAAGAACGAAUACAUAUGUGCAUAAUCUUAACCUUCAUUCAUACCUCACGUCGUUAGAAGAAGUUACAAAUCCCAUCCACAUGCUUUCUUGCGGGAAAAACUGUGGUGACUCAACUGCGACGCGCGGUGCAU